AUGAUCUCGCCUGGAACCGCAUUGAUUCAAGCUGUUCAUCAGAAGAAUCACUUUUUGCACAGUCCCUGGCACGCCAUAGUAUCACUAAGCUGGGUAGUGGAAGGGUGUGCGCUCAUAGUCGUAAAAGGGAACGUAGUCGCCCAAACAAGGCCGGGAUACCAGUUUCGCGCCUGUGAUCCUAUACAGUUGCAAAGAUGUCAAGCUGUCUUCAAUGAUGAUCUUGGCAUUGACGCUUCGCUUGGGGUGCUCACCUAUCAAGAUCUUAGAGCUGCUAUUGAGAACAAGUUGGGUGUGUUGAAGGCCGAUGGAUUGGCAAAAGUCUGCAUGUCUUUUAAAUACUAUAAAACUUGCUUUGCAACAGCAACUGGAAUAACGGAAUAUCAAGCCCUUGGAUAUACGAAAAUAUUCAACCAAUUCGACUUUUCUUGUGGCGCAGGCUUUGCUGGUAAUAUUUUUUUUCGUAUGGAAUUCAAGAUUGUUCGGAAUAAUAUUUCAGAGUUCGCUAAUAACGAUGAAUGUGCAGCAAGCGUCUUUCUGACUGGAGUCGACGAUAUGAGAGCAUGUGACAACAACUUUGCAGCUUCUAUUAAAAGAGAUCCAAAUGUCAUGAAUAGAUGCGCGUACCUGGAAGUGGCCAAGGAAUGCUAUAUGUCAGCUUUCAGCAAGCGUUGUUCGCAAUAUCCUGAGGUAGUUUGGUGGGGUUGUAAUUAUGAACGAGCCGGAGAACAAACCAACUUCCCUCAGUGUGACCAGAUCUUCUGCACGUGUGAGUUGUGCUUUCGAUUUGCAAUAUUACAUCAACUUAAUCUACAGUCAAAACCUCACUACGUAGUAUCAUCGAUAUAG